CAAUGACUUGGCAACGCGUCUGGCUGGCAGCUCCGAUUCUUGUGCUCCUCGGUGUUGUCAACUUUGCAACAUACCUUGUCACCUGCAGCUCAGCCUCCGACCAGGCCAGUGGCACGGAGCCACAGUUAAUGACAUUCCCGAGAUCCACUUUGCAAGAUAGGCCAAUGACAACACAAAACGAUCUAAUUACGACAGCCCGAAACUCAACAACAUUGCUGACAGCGAAAAAGGCAACAGCAACAGCAACAGCAACAAUAACCACAGGUCAUGGCAGCACAACUCUGUCCAUGUCAUCAACAGCCCCAACGAUAACGACAACAAGAACGAGAACGACAGGAGCAGCUCCAGUAGCAAAUAAGUCCACACAAAUUGGGCUAACUACGGAGGCCUCAACGGGCGCGUCUGCUGAAAAGCAAACACCAUCUACAGCAGCAACAACAACGAGUGCGAUAGCAACGAUGUUCAUAUCAACAAUUUAUCCAGCAUCAACGGAAACGGAUGCCCACAACUCCAUUGAAAUGCCAACGUCACUGGCUUCUGCGGAGCAGCAGGAGGAGCAGAGCGCUGUGUUGCCUCAUCCUCAUCCGGCCAGCGCUGAUUCACUGACUAAGGGCUUCUCCAUACCUACAUUCCUGCCACCAUUUCCCGAGUUCGCCGCCGCAGAUCUGCCAGCUUACCGAGCUGCAGCAGCUGCAGCUGCAGCUGAAGAGGCUGCUGCCGUCGCCAAAGCCGCAGCUGCCGCAGCAGCAGCAGCAUCAACCGUGGCCUCGGAGACUGUGACAUUGUCACCGGAGGAGCAGCGCCAACAAAUGUUUAAUGAGCAACAUUCGUACUUGGCCUCCCACAACGGGCAACUGCUGCCAGGCCAACAACCACGCAAAAAUCUGACAAUGCCCGUGCUAAACAUCACAGCGCAAAUGGGAAAUCACGCUUACAUGCCAUGUCAGAUUCACCGCCUGUCUGAUAAGCCCGUUUCGUGGGUGCGUCUGCGUGAUGGGCACAUUAUCAGCGUGGAUGAGACCACGUUCAUAGCAGACGAGCGCUUCCAGUCGAUAUUCCAGGAGGACCACGAUUAUACUUGGUCACUGCAGAUCAAGUAUGCGGUUCCCAGCGAUGCUGGCUGGUACGAGUGUCAAAUGGCCACGGAGCCCAAAUUGAGUGCCAAAGUGCAUCUGGAAGUGAUCACACCCAAGACUGAGCUUAUUGGUGACCAGAAUCGAUUUGUCAAAGCCGGAAGCAAAGUAGCGCUUCAUUGCAUUGUGAGAGGUACACUAGAUCCUCCCAAAUAUAUCAUCUGGUUUCGUGGACAGAAAAAGAUUAGCGAGAGCGAUGAGCGCACCGGCUGGUAUACUCAAUUAGAUCGUAAUAUAUUUGGCACUGUCGCCGAUAAUCAAAAUACUAUCGGCUCAUUAAUUAUACCGUUCGUUCGCAAGGAGGACUCCGGCAACUAUACGUGCCAGCCAUCGAACAGUGUCUCCGUAUCCGUUGACCUGCACGUCCUGAGCGGUGAAUACUCCGCAUCGGCUAUCAAGUCCGCCGCAACAAAGCGAACACCAAGCAGCACGUUCCUACUGUGGGCCCUAAGGCUGCCGGGAAUGCUUGGACUAGUGGGAGCCCUAGGAGUGCGGAGAGCAUUGGGACUGCUGUCCAAGACGUGACUUGUGACGUGACUCGCCUAUUGAGAGGCCAGCUCGGACUUCAAUUAUUUGUAAGCUUUGCGCAAUGUGCAGUUGUACAAUUUAGGUUAGAGAUUAAUUAAAGGCGUCAUUGUAAAUACCGGAGAGGGGAUAGAGGGAUAGAGGGUUCAGAAGGUACAACUUUCUAUAAUUAAGUUAAAUGUUAUGGUAUACUUUCAAUCCAACAGAAUGUAUGCUUCUAUGUGUAUUGUAUAUUUAAAAAUCAAAAUCAAAAUACAGAUUUAAAUGUAUGUUAUAGACCUGUUCCAAAUCCUUCAGUCUGACAUAAACAAUAUAUAUUCUGGUGAAUUUCGCACUCGGAACAGGCCAGACAUAUACUUACAUAUAUGCAAGUACGAGUAACUUAAUUAAUUUCUAGUCUAAGAAAAAACAAUUUCUGAACAGAAAAUCAAAGAUAUGUUGUUAUUUAAAGUUGUGAAAACAGAUCAAUAAUUAGAUUAUUGUAAGCCAACUGAAACUAAACUUAAAUCGAAUUCAAUAAAUUUAUGAAAAAUUCAAA